UGACGUUUUUCAUUUGGAUUCUAACAGGGAUAUCGCCCUUUCUUCUCUUUAUUCGUUUCUCAUAGCUGUUCGAACUGCGAGUGAUCAAGAGUGUGUGCAACAUUGUCACCAUCAUUCUGAGUGUUGUGAAGAAGAUUAAGGUUUUCUUCAUUAUCUUUGCGGCCUCUAUCUUUGCAUUUACGCACGCGUUCGUGCAUCUCUUAUGGGCCAACGCUUCGCCAGGCGACAGCACCCAAGCGGCCGAUUUCCCACGUCCGUUUGCAAAAGCGCUGUCGGCGACCUACUUCUUCAUGGGCGGACGCCUGGAUCCUGUGAGCGACAAGUUUGCGUCGGACGACACGGCCUUCCACAUCAUGAUGGCCAUCUACUUCUUCCUGACCGUUAUUUUAAUGCUGAACGUCUUGAUUGCCCUGAUCAACGUUGCCUUCAACACAGGUGACGACAGCUGGCGCCUCACAUGGUAUGAGAACCGGUUUCAUUAUGCGGAGAAAGCCGAGAACAUGUCCUUUCAUGUCCCAGGCUUCCGAAGAACGCAUCACUGGUUCCCAAGCGUUAUUUACUACACGACAACGGCUAAAGAGGUCCAAAAGUACCACGAUAAAUACUUCGGGAACUCUAAACCGGUGCCUAUCGCUCCUAUCACUCCUACAACAACGAUGACGACUACAUCGCUGUCAUCGACUUCUAAUAAGGAACCAAAUCUGGUGAAACUCUUCGAUAGGGCAGCGCCUACGACAUUGGCGGCCACAGCGACAUCAGAAAGAACAGAGGAUAUUGAACGACGCUUAGAGAGAAUGGAAGAGGAGUUUCAGACUAGUCUGAAGCGGUUGCAACAGGAGGCUGACAAAAAGCAUGAGGAGCUACUGGACCUUCUUCGGCAGCAGCAGCGCAGCAAUUAGGUUGCUCGAAGAAGCACAUAUGACUAUAAUAAAUACACAUAAAGCG